AUCUUUUUCCGCGCGAUUAUCGCUCUCUCAAGGUCUUCUCAGGUUUCCCUUGUUGUUUAGUAGCCGAGAAAGAACGAGAGUAACAGAGCAUAGAGAAAAAGAGAGCGAGUUUGCGUCUGUAUGUGUGUGUGUGUGUGUGUCUGUGUGUGUGUGUGUGUAUAUGUGUGUAUGUGUGUGUGUGUGUAUGUCUCUGGCGCGUCACCGCGAGCCUCAGUAAUGCGCGGACGAGAGGCGACGUGAGAGGCGGUUGUGUGAUCCACGGUUGCCACGGCCGGUGUCGGACGAAUUUUCAUCGCUGGCUAGAGUCGCCCUACGAGCGGCACCGAACCUCCCAGGACCUGUGACGAUCUCGCGCGAGUCCGACGCUCACUUUCCUCCCGCUGGCGGAUCGACGGCGAGCGUUUUUCAUUGACGAUCUCGUGGCUUUUCGGAAGCUAGAGGUCUGUAUAUACCAGAACUGAUAAUACCAGGAAAAAGAUGAAGAACGUACAUUUUCCUAUAGAGUCCUUCGAAACUGUUUUUCCGGAGGAAAAUGUCUUUAAGGAGGAAACCAUCGCGAGUCAAGCUACAUUGCAGAGUAUUCAGCGGAGUUUGCCUAAUAUUUUAAGAAGCAAUAACGCAAGGACGUCUAGAAGUUGUAAAACAUUGAGCAAAAUCGAUGCCACCUUUGUAUCCAGUGUGGAAGACGGAAAUACCUCUUUGGAAUUAAAUUCAUCGUCCAGUAUUGAUUUGGAUAUGGAGGCGAAUUACAAUAAAAACGAAUCACCAAAGCCGCACCACAAAAGGAAGCAAGUGCACAACCUGUUGAACGUGCGAUACGAUAUUCCCGAUUGCAACAAUAACAAAAAUAAAAAUGCACUCCCAACAUUUGAUCAAUUAACUGCGUCAUUACGUGCGUCACCAGGAGAGUGCAAGGAGAGCGUACCGACGAAGAGAGUAAAGUGUAACAACAAGCAGAAGAAACUUAACAAAAAGUCAAAAAAAUCAACAGCUCGCAAAUCUGGCAGAGAACCGCGAACGUCACGUAAAAAGCCGGAUCCUUUAGCCACUAUUCCAGAAAUAGUAAAUAUGAAUAACACUGUAGUAAUGCAAACUGCUAAUAAUUUUUUGGAGAGUGAUAUAUGCAUUCAGCCCAGCUGCAACUCUAAUUUUCCAAGUGUUAAUGUAACCGAUUUACACGACAGUGCGACACCAUUGGUUGAGCCUAAUACUUUGUACUACAACAACGAGAUUUACAGUGUCGAGAGAAAGAAAGAUAUAUAUCUCAAUCAUGUUAUUUCUAAUCAACCAACGGAGUUUGACACAGCGCUGCGUAAAACCACCCAAAGAGAUCUUACGAGUUACGAGUUUCCAAUAACAGAGAAUAAUUUGCAGCAAGACAGGGACAUUGGAUAUAAUUUUUUACCUACAUCUAAAAUAUUGUAUUCUUGUUCCUGCGCAAAUUGUAUGUCAAACGACAAAGACAUUAUAUUUUAUGAAGCUCCGGUUUCACCUUCAACAAACAGUGACGAUUUGGAAGCAGAACUCUUCAAGUGUGACAUGGAUACAAAUAUAUUUGACUUUUACAAUAAUAAUUACUUUCAGAUAUUUGAAAAUAAUUCAAUGGACUUUGAACAGACAAAUCUUUACUACCAAGAGUUUGACGAGAACAGCAUUAAGAAAGAAAAUGGCACUAAGAGUACAACAGAACUAAUCGAAAGCAGUGCAAACGUGUCGUCCAUAGAACAAAAUCAAUCACAAAAUUCACAACCUUGUCACAUUGAUGAAAUACAAGAUUGCGUAGGAUCACGUCUUACAGAACUUGUUACAUAUCCCAAUGGGAGAGUAAGAGUGGAAAAUGCAAGAGUUUACGAUGAUAGGGAUAUCUCCAAUUAUUUAAAUUUGGAAAACUUCUCGAUGAAAGGAGAGGAAAUAAAUACUAAAAAUGAAGCGCAGAUUCAAACUGAUGUACCUGUUGCCAACUCGGCCUCAACUGAUGUACCUGUCUCCAACUUUAAACGUCAGACACCGGAAAAUAAAACUGAUUUGUGUGUUAUCCAGUGUUCUGAAUGUGGAAAGCUAUUUAAUAAAAAGCAUCAAUUAUGGAAACACUAUAAAACUCAUUGCAACUUUUACAAUGAGCAUUUCAAGUGUCAUAUCUGCGAUAAAAUAUAUAGAAAUCCCGCGAAUAUGGUAUCCCAUCAAUUUUUAUAUCCUGAGAGUUGCAGCCGAUAUCCCUAUGUCGGCAAAGUAUCCGCAGGAGAGAAGCAUUGUGCUGACUUCAUUUAUCAAUUUGUGAAGGAAGUCUUUCCCGGGCACCCUAAUUCAUAUGGCGUAUUUUAUACUGCCUCUGACAUAAUUGGGACACCUACCGUUUUUCCAGAUUAUGCUAAUUGUAAACUUGACAUCGAUGUCUCUACAUCUCCACGGCAAGGCGAAGCGCAUUAUUGUUCACGGGAGAACUACCAUUUCAGAAACUAUGGAAAUAAUUAUUAUAUAUUAGUAUGUGACAUUUCAAUUGAUAAUUGAGGAAAGAUAUUGUUUAAAAAUAUACACUCGUGUUGGGAAGAGUGUAUAAUUUUCUCUUUCGAGAAAAUAUAAUU